AGCUUGCGUGGAGAUAUCUUUCGAAGUUCACUCACAUUCGCAUUUACAGCUAAACGAUUAGUGCAGUUCACUCGAUCAACAGAGUGCUUGGAUAGUGGAGGAGUCAUCAUCGUCAUUAGGUGAAGUCAAGUGUGUUUGAUCUGGAGAUAUUUUAGAACGGAUUGUCCACAGGUUGCAGUGCCUUAACGAUGUCCUCGACCAUCGAAAAGAAUGAAUAUCCGAAGGCUUCAAAUGCCUUGGUAGCGGGGGCCAUCCUAUCCUACAUCGCCUCCAUAUUCCUGAUGAUGAGCUUUUGCUCACCAUAUUGGAUCGAAUCGUAUGACGAAUCCUUCAGCCAGUUUAAAAAUAUGGGCCUGUGGGAGUACUGUUUCAAGGAUUUUAGCUAUCCGUACUAUCAGUUCCCGAAGUUGUUCAACGGGUGCCAUCACAUCUUUAGCGAGGAGUACUACGUCAUUCGGGAGUACCUGUUGCCCGGUUGGUUGAUGGUAGUGCAAGCUUUUGUUACGCUUUCAUUCUUGUGUACAUUUGGAUCAUUGGUGAUUAUGGCUUGCGAACUGGUGAGAUGGCCGCUGAAGAUGGUACUGCGCUACGAAUGGAUGCUGACUACGAUUUCGUUUGUGGGAAUCGGUUCCUCAUCACUCUUCAUGUUCCUGGCCGUGGCCAUCUUCGGAGGAAAUGCCUACCGUCGCGAUUGGCUAAUGUACCCCAAGUUCAACGUGCUGUCCUGGUCGUACGCCUUGGCCGUCGUUUCCUUUAUGAUCCUAGCGCUGGCAGCGCUCCUUCUCUACAAGGAAGCCAAAAAGUCCUACGAACUUCGCCGGGAGGCCAAGAACUUGGUGAUGCAAAUGCAGAUGCAAGAACCCGGUUAUCAUCCAUCGCACCACACCAGCCGAAGUCUACACAGCGGUGGCUACAUAUAAGCGCUGUUGAACGAUAAGGAGCGCUAUUUUAUAUCCUUGAUAUCGACGUAGUACAGUUAGAGUUAGAUGUGCUUCAAAUUUUACAUAUAGCACGGCUAAAACAAGCAGGAAGCAGCACAAUCGCCAGCCAGCAGAAGCGACCUCAGCGAACCAAUCGCCUAAUUGUAACAUUGGAACAACACCAUCAUCAUCAUCAAUCAGUCCACGCGCAAGGGACAUAAAACGAACAUGCACUAAAUGUGGCCUUACUCAGAACUUACACAAACGAACGCGGUCGCACGCAAUGCAAAGCACGCAUAUACAAACAGUAGUGAUGACGUCACCGUGACGCAUCAAACACCGAAUUUAGUGUGGCUGCCAACUUUUUUCCGGGAUCCAUUCCCAUUCCCACAUUCCACUAGAAGCGUAGGAGAUGCCCGACGGUGCGUUCGGAUCGGUAGAAAUCAAUUCCAACUUUUCUUUUCCAAUUAGUAGUGCAUUUGAAGCCAUUUUUACGACCCCUCAGGACGACCGGACGACGAUGGCGACAAAUUUUAAUUAACGUGUUUUCCCAUUUCGGCCACGUGCGCUUCCAAUCCGUCUGUUGGUUUUAUGUUUUAAUUUUGGUGGCUCUGUGUGCCAGUGUACUAAUUUACGUAAAUACACCGUCCGUUCUGCAGUAACUCGAAUAGUUUUAUAUAUAUUUUUAGUGUAAACCGAUGCAAUCUCGAGAGGAAAUUCCAUUUAGUUGGUAAGGUUGUUGACGAAACUAGUUUCAGAGUUUAGUUUGGUACGUGUA